GAUUACUCCAAGUUGAAACAAAAGGACUGCCAUCAAAUGUAGUUCAAUGAUUCGCUCUUAAUUAGGACGACAUUGGGGAAGAAAUUAACUAACUUCUAUAGGUAUAAAUAUAGGGUUGGCCAUGUGUAUAUGUAAGCGUGUGCUCAAAGUGACAUGUGAUGACGAUGAGAUCAAUUGUGCCUAGGGAAAACGAAUCUCUUGUGGUUGGAGGUGUGAUUGGAGAUGUUUUGGAUCCUUUUACAAGUUCAAUCUCAAUAAGGGUCACCUACAGUAAUCACAGAGAAGUCAUCAAUGGCCUUGAACUCAAACCCUCCCAUGUUGCCAGCCCUCCCAGAGUUGAUGUUGGUGGUGAUGACCUCAGGACCUUCUUCACUCUGAUCAUGGUGGACCCUGAUGCACCCAACCCAAGCAACCCAAGUAUGAGAGAAUACUUGCAUUGGUUAGUAACUGAUAUUCCAGCGACUACAGGACCAAGCUUUGGGCGAGAAAUAGUGAGCUAUGAGAGUCCAAGACCAACGGUGGGAAUUCAUCGUUACGUGUUUGUGUUGUUUCGUCAAUCAGAGGGAAGACAAAUGGUUGAUGCUGCUGAGUGGCGACGUCAAAAUUUCAACACCCGAGAUUUCGCUAUGCUUUCCAACCUCGGACCUCCUGUUGCUGCUCUUUUUUUCAACUGCCAACGGCAAUCUGGUUCCGGUGGAAGAAGAAUAUAAUAUAAUGUAAUAUAAUAUAAUAUAAUAUAUACAGUAUAUGAAUAAAACAAAGAUUUCAUUAUGACCGAGUCAUCUGCAGGAAGAUGAAUUAUGUAUAAGAAUUCAGUACUUGUACGCCUCACGAGUCCACCACAAGGCUGUAUAUCUCUUUGUGGUACAGAAAGUUAUACAUUUAUGAAACCGAAUAAUGUUUGAAUAUUAAUCCAGAUAUCUAUUAUAGUGGCUAAUUAUAAUGAGCAUGCUAUCAUAUACUUGUGUU